AUGUCAAGCACGAGGAAAAAGUUUAUGCACCAUGAUUACACAGUAGGCUGGAUCAGCGCCUUGCCACUUGAGAUGGCGGCUACGAAGGCGAUGCUUGAUGAUACACAUGUUCCACUUCCCAUACGAGAAAACGAUAAUAAUGUCUACUGCCUGGGGGAAAUUGCAGGCCAUAAUAUCGUCCUUGCCUGUCUCCCUUCCGGCAUAUAUGGUCAGACAUCUGCUACGGUGGCAGCGAUGCAAAUGCGAUCCACAUUUCCCUCUAUCAAAUUCGGACUCAUGGUUGGGAUUGGCGGUGGUGCACCCAAUGGAUCAGUGGAUGUUCGCCUUGGAGAUAUUGUUGUAAGUAAACCAACGGCUCAUUUUGGGGGUGUCGUACAGUAUGAUUUCGGAAAGACAUUAGCAGACGGUGUCUUCUAUCAGACUGGGGUUUUGAAUAAGCCACCGGAGGUUCUCUUAAAAGCGGUUUCUCAUCUCCAGGCAAACCAUAUCAUGGGGCAAAACAAUAUAUCUUUCCACUUGGCGAAGGGCGCAGAGAUGUAUCCUUCCAUGAGGUCAUUUUUUAUCUAUCCCGGACAGGAUCGAGAUACUCUCUUUCAGUCAUCCUACCCUCACCAAGGACCUCCUACCUCUUCCUGUGAGUGCGAAUGCGAUCCAUUGAAAAGAGUAGCUCGCAUCCAACGGGAGUCGAUACUGCCGCAAAUCCAUUAUGGUCUCAUCGCGUCUGCGAAUCAGGUGAUGAGAGAUGCGCAAACGCGCGACCGACUCACGGAGAGGUUGGGAAUAUUAUGCUACGAUAUGGAAGCCGCAGGUUUGAUGGACCACUUUCCGUGCCUUGUGAUCCGAGGAAUUUGUGACUAUGCAGACUCUCACAAGGGAAAAAUGUGGCAGAAUUAUGCAGCAGCAACAGCGGCCGCCUACGCAAAAGAGCUUCUACGUUCCUCCAUUCCUAGCAGAUUUCGCUAUCGGCAACAUCCAGGAAACGUUAAAAUGAAGAUUCCAAUACCAAGGACAAAGAUGUUUGGACGCCAAGGCGAGCUGCGGCGGAUUCAGGAAUGCUUAAACUCCCCAGGAAGAGGUACAAAAUCUCUUGUUAUCUGGGGACUUAGUGGAUGUGGGAAGACACAGUUAGCAAUUCACUACAUUGCUGGCAAGAGAGAUUCUUAUCAGUCCGUUUUAUGGGUUAAUGCAUCAUCUACAUCCCUGAUUGACGACUCGUUUGAGCUAAUAUCGUCGCUUAUGCCAUCUGACUUUUGCCCUACAAAACCGGCCGUUGAAAGGGUGCUGGAGUGGCUAGAGCAAGAUUCGAAUUACUCAUGGAUCAUCAUUUUUGACGAUAUACCGUACGUUAGCGAUGCCGAUUGGAGUUGGAAUGGGGUCUUUGAUGUUAGAAAGUAUCUGCCCUCGUGCAAUCACGGUCAUAUUUUAUUGGUGACGACUUCAUGUCAUCUACACUCGCGUUUGGACUUCCCUGGCAUUCAUUUACAAGGUGUUGAUGACCAUACUGGCUCUGAGAUUAUCCUGCGAUGUGCCAAUAUCAAAUCAACAGAUUAUUUUACCAGCACAACAGCCAAAAACAUUUCUCGUAAACUUAACGGUUUGCCUCUUGCUCUAGAGCAAGCUGGUUCUUUUUUGUCGUACGGCCUUAUUUCAAUACACGAGUACAAGCAGCGAUUCGAAACCAAAUUUUUAAACGAAACUCUGAAAGCACAUACCAGAAGGUAUAUUGGAACUUACGAGAAAGGACUGACUCUCUGGGCGGUAUUUGACAUGUUACAUGACGCCCUGGGCAAGCGGAGUCCCGAUUCGCUCAAACUUCUUUACUUAACUGUUUUCCUUGGCCCGGGGCAUGUUCCGUUCAGCGUACUUUCUGGCGCUGUUCUAGAUCAGGAUAACAUUUCCACCUAUCCUCCAGAAAUGUCCGAUGGCCAAUCUCUUGGCGUAAUAUCCUGGUUGAAACACCUAUCAGGUCAGAUCAGCAGGCUGUCAGCAGUACUCGGAGAACUUGAGAGCACAGGGCUUGUUAAGUUCAUCCGUAAUUCGUCAGAUAACAUAAUUGAUACGAUUGUCAUCCACGAUCUAAUACAGUCUUUUAUUCGAGCCAAAAUACCCAGACAGGAUAUGGUGGAGAAUGUAGCUGCUGCACUCUUGCUCAAUGGCAAGGCAUGCCUCACAAAUGGCAUUAUGAAAGAUUAUGAGAACAUGAGGAGCCAUAGCCACAGGAUUUGCCGUCUAAAGGGGGAGCUUCAGAAAGCCAGAGACCUCUGGGAAGCCGGCUUACAGUAUCGCCUUGUAACUGAAGGCAGCCGAUGGCCUAGAACUCAAGAACAAUUGGUCGAGCUUCUCGAUGCUGCAGAUGUGGAUUUCAAGCUAGGAUAUGUUGACAAUGCCAUUGAAAAAUAUGUGUCAGUGACCCAUCACUGCGACCCAGGCAUGGCCGAAAAGGACGAUAUCAUGGUACGAGCAUCUGCUUCCCUUCGUGAGGCUCGUGAGAUACAUGCACGACGAGAGAGGGAUUUCCAGCGUGCCAUUUUAACUCAACGAUCGACCAAAAGUACUCCCGAAGAAUUAAAUGAAACUACUGAGGUAGAAGAUGGAGAGUGGGAAAUCUUAAUGCGGUACGAAGAAGCACUCAAUCUCUUUGGUCCUAGAGACAGCGAGACUCUUCAACAUGCUGCAGCGCUUGCCACAUACUACAAAGACAUCGCUCGAACCGACAAGGAAGAGGUGUAUAGAGAGAUUGUCUGGAGAUACUACACCACUUCGGCUGGGGAAUCUCAUCCUGCCACAGUUGCGACACUUUACGACCUCUGUGUGUGCUAUCGAGAGAAUGGCAAGCUGAGAGAUAAGCUACGAGGAGAUUUGUAUCUCGCUCCUGUCUGGGCCAGGACUUACAAGUCGUCGGAACUUCAAAGCUUGCUGCUGGAGGUAGAAGCACCGGAUGUUCUCGCAGCUUUCAACAACGGCAACGAGGACACGUUUUGGAACCUGGUAAAUCGGCAUGACACAAACGCAGCCAUAUUUUGGGCGUCAGAUCUUGAAAACCUAAACAUCCGUGAUAUGCUGUUUUAUCACUUCGCUAAGACUAAUAUGCCCAGUGUUUGUCUUUUCUUGCAUCUGACAUCUGAUAGUGGACAAGGUUCAGCAUUCAAAAAGCCCUCUAAGUGGGAUCUAGAUGUCUACCAGUCAGAUAUCGACAGUACGCAAGCUCUCCAGCACGCCGUAAGAAGGAGCUACAUCUCAAUAGUUCAGGGGUUACUUGAGAAUGGAGUUGAUACAUCCUAUGCAGAUAGUUAUGGGUUAGCAGCUAUUCACUAUGCCGUCAAACGCAGGGAUCUUUUGAUGGUUUUAAUGCUUCUCGAGCAUAGAGCGGAUAUAUCUCAAUCAGAUUCUCGUGGUCGAACGGCUCUCCAUUAUGCUGUUAGGGAAAAACAUAUUUCAAUAAUCAAAAGCCUUCUUGAAAAUGGAGCUAAUGCUGACCAGAAAGACAACUAUGGUGAAACAUCUCUUCACUACGCAGUCAAAGACAGAGAGCCCUUGUUAGCUCUAGUGCUUCUGGAACAUAGAGCGGAUAUCUCUGAAGCAGAUUCCCACGGUCGAACGGCCCUCCAUUAUGCGGUUAGGGGAAGAGAUACUGUAAUACUCAAAAGCCUGCUUGAAAAUGGAGCUCAAACGUACCAGAGGGAUAACCAUGGCGAGACAGCUCUACACUAUGCUGCUAGGGGACGGGACGUCUCAAAAAUCUACCUGCUUCUAAAGCAUGGUGCUGAUAUAUCCCUGAAGGAUAACCAUGGUGAAACACCACUGCACUAUGCAGCUAGAGUGGGGCGUAUGACAUCAGUCCAAGCAUUGCUUAAAUUCGGAGGUGAUACAACCCAGAGAGAUAACGAUGGUAAAACGGCGCUGCAUUAUGGAAUGCAAGCGGGUUUAGCAUUGUUCCAGAUGCUCCUUGAAUAUGGCGGUGAAGUUUCUCAGGCCGACAACCGUGGCCGAGUAGCCCUACACUAUGCUGCCAGGGAUGGAUUUGCGGAUAUUGCGAAGGCUAUACUGAACAGAGGAAUUGAUACUGAGGCCACAGAUUACUGCGGCAACACGCCAUUGCAUCUCGCUGCCAGAGGAGGAAAUCACGAGUCUACGCGGUUGCUCUUAGAAAUGAAGGCCAAUAGCUUCGCGGAGAAUGCUCUGGGAAAUACCGCGCUUGAGCUGGCGUUUCAUGGAGGCUUUAAAAAUACUGUCGAGUUGAUCUUGACACACACAUUGGAUAAAAGAGAUCCACAAGGACAGACAUUCCUACAUCGCGCAGCAAGCAACCGGGAUUGUGUGGGUCUCUUUUAUUCUGUCAUUGAAAUAUCACAUGACAUUAUCAAUGCUACUGAUAAUAGCGGCCGAACUGCUUUGCACAUCGCCGCUGCGAGGGGCAACCUAUUCGCUGUCCAAAUGCUUCUGGACAACGGGGCAAACAAUCAGAUUCAAAGCAACGAGGGCCACACACCCCUAGCGGAUGCAUUGCUGCAAAGGACUGUUCCAGGUGGAACCUCCAAAAGUGAUCUUGCAUUGGAAGAAGUGAUCCGGUUGCUGCAUAAAGCUGGCUCGGGUAUUAUCAAGGAUGUUGUAAACCAAUUGUAG